AUGUUUGUCGCUAUUCUUCUUUCUAUUAUUGCCUUUAAUUGUGUUCAUUCACAAACGGAACUUACUCUACCUGAUUUACCUUACGAAUACAAUGCACUUGAACCAGUUCUUUCCGAAUAUUUAAUGCGAUUACAUCAUGAUAAACAUUUUCAAGCCUACGUCAAUAACACUAAUGUUGCUCUUCAAGCCCUAUUUGUUGAUACGCAAAUACACGAUGAAAUAAAAGAAAUAGCUAAAAAGCCGAUAGAAGUUAUUUUAACGCAUUUAGGUAUUUUACCACAUGCAUAUCAAUCACAUUUACGAUAUAACGGUGGUGGUUAUCUUAAUCAUAAAUUUUUCUUUUCAAUAUUAAAAACGCCAACAGCUACAGCUGAAGAAAAUAAACCUACAGGGCCAUUACUUGAAGCUAUUGAAAAAGCAUUUGAGUCGUUCGAUAAAUUCAAAGAAUAUUUCAAUACUGCAUCGAAUAGCUUUUUUGGUUCGGGUUGGAUAUGGAUUUAUAUUGAUGCACAUUCUAAACAGAUUACUCUUACUUUUUCAAUUAAUCAAGAUAAUCCAAUUAUGUAUGAUGAAAAUCAUGUUAUGCUUUUGUGUCUUGACCUUUGGGAACAUGCUUAUUAUCCAGUUUAUGAAAAUCGUCGCAGUGAAUAUAUUGAAAACUUUUGGCGUAUUAUUAAUUGGUCCUAUGUUGGUCAACUUUACAAUGAAAGUCGAACUGAACGAAGUGAUCUUUAA